AUGAGACAGUUCAACACAAAGUAUUUCCCACCUUUAAUUCAGGAAAAGAAAGAAGAUGAGUUCAUUAGACUUCGUCAGGGAGCUCAGACUGUUGCCGAAUAUGAGAGCCAGUUCACCAGGUUGUCUAAGUUCGCUCCCGAACUAAUUGUAACUGAGCAAAGGAGAAUAAGGCGUUUUAUCCAGGGCUUAAAUGUUGAAAUUCAGAAGGAUCUGGCUGUAAUCCAACUGAGUACCUUCAGUGACGCAGUGGAAAAAGCUCAACGAGUAGAAAGCGUGAGGUUGCAGGUUAGAACCUUUCAGGCAAAGAAAAGAACUAUUCCUGAAAGUAACGUAGGACAAGGGGAUACAAGCACACCACCCAAGCUCGGAAAGGGAACUGGAGGGGUAAGAUUUCCUGAAAUGUCAAGUGGUGCUUCACAAAGAGGCUCGGGCUCUGCUUCCCAGGGUCCCUGCGGGUAUUGUGGAAAGUCGAAUCACACGGAGGAUGUCUGCUAG